UUCAGGAUGACGUACUUCCUCUAAGUAUCGGCUUCGGGGAAAACAACAUCUAAAGGACCCCAGCCUCAAGCAAAAAACACCAAAUAUUCUGCGGUUUUACCAACUGUUAGUACCUGCGACGUAUUCGCUGUAACACCUAACUCCUUUCACACAAAAUGCCCCAGAACGAGCACAUUGAGUUACACCGCAAGCGGCAUGGCUACCGUCUGGACCACCAUGAAAAGAAAAGGAAGAAGGAGAGCCGUGAGGCCCAUGAGCGGUCCCACAAAGCCAGGAAGUUGAUUGGUUUGAAGGCCAAACUGUACCACAAACAGAGACAUGCAGAGAAGAUCCAGAUGAAGAAGACCAUCAAAAUGCAUGAACAGAGGAGGACCAAGCAGAAGAACGAUGAUAAGACCCCAGAGGGAGCAGUGCCAGCCUACCUGUUGGACAGAGAGGGACAGUCCCGUGCUAAGGUCCUCUCCAACAUGAUCAAACAGAAGAGGAAAGAGAAGGCUGGCAAAUGGGAGGUUCCCCUGCCAAAGGUGCGUGCCCAGGGAGAGACCGAAGUGCUUAAAGUCAUCAAAACUGGAAAGAGACAAAAGAAAGCCUGGAAGAGAAUGGUCACCAAAGUUUGCUUUGUUGGCGACGGCUUCACCCGUAAACCUCCAAAAUAUGAGCGUUUCAUCAGACCCAUGGGUUUGCGUUUUAAGAAGGCUCAUGUCACACAUCCAGAGCUGAAGGCCACAUUCUGCCUUCCCAUCCUCGGAGUGAAGAAGAACCCCUCCUCACCCCUCUACACUUCUCUGGGAGUCAUUACAAAAGGAACAGUCGUAGAGGUCAACGUCAGCGAGCUGGGCUUGGUUACACAAGGAGGAAAGGUUAUCUGGGGUAAAUAUGCCCAGGUGACAAAUAACCCAGAGAACGAUGGCUGCAUUAAUGCAGUUCUGCUGGUAUAAGACUCUUGACCUUUAUACAGACUGUGCCUGGUAAUUUACAUGAGGAGUGUUGAUUACAACAAAGAUGCAACAAGCAAUGGGCUUCAAAUCACGGGACUGUCUAGAAGAUCGCUGAUGCUACACUUGGCAACGCAGCAGUUUUUCUAACAGGAGGACGCUCAAAGGAAAAUAAAAUGGGGGUGAUUACUGUGUUAAAUUUCAUAUAAAUAAACUUGAUAUGACACAAGAA